GUUUAGUGGUGGGUGGAAAGGUCUGUUUCAUCCAUCGUGAUGAUAACUAGGCCUGUGGCCCUUGGUAUGAACUGCUUGGGGAACGCGUUCUGUUCUGCUUUUCCCUUCCUUCUCGCCCCCUUCUUCAAGUAUUUUGUCUACAUAGAUCUUUCUUCAGAAGGACCCAUCGAUCCCAAUUGAGGUAUAAGCAAUACCAGAACACGAGUGGUGUUUCCCGUCACAAUCAACAGCCAAGAUGCCUCACUUUGACGAAAGCAAGGCAUACGCCGUCCAGGAAGAAGUAUUCUUCGACGACGGCCGCGAGAUCGAACUCCUACACUUCGUGUACAGCCAGCCCAAUCUCGAUGAGAUCCGCGGCUCGCCCGAGGGCGUCCUGAAGGCGAUUGACGACUUUGGCCGGACCAAGAAGUACCUGAUGAAUGUGGGCGAGGACAAGGGCAAGAUCGUGACAGACUUGAUCGCCGAGGUCAAGCCCAAGGUGAUGGUCGAAUUAGGAGGCUACGUAGGCUACUCCUGCAUCCUCUUCGGCGCCGCCGUCCGCAAAGCCUCCCCCGGAGGCGGAGCGCAAUACUUCUCCCUCGAGCGCAACCCCGAAUUCGCCGCCGUCAUCGGCUCCCUCGUCGACCUCGCCGGCCUCACCGACACGGUCAAAGUCGUCGUCGGCCCCAGCGACGCCUCCAUCGCGCGCCUGCACUCCCUUGGUUCCACCUCCGGCGGCUUUUCCAAAAUCGACCUCAUGUUCCUGGACCACUACAAACCCGCCUACACCACAGACAUCAAACUCGCCGAACAACUAGGCCUCGUCACGCCCGGCUCCGUCCUCGCCGCCGACAACGUCAUCAAGCCGGGCAACCCGCCGUACCUCGAGUACGUCCGCAGCUCGGUGGCCGAGAAGCGCGCCGCUGCAAAGGACGUCGGCGCGGCGCGCAAGGCGGCUGGGUGGCAUGACGAGCGAACGGCGAAGCAGUACGAGAAGAGGGAGGGGGAGGAGAGGUUGGAUUUGUCGCGUAUCGGGAACCCGAAUCUGCGGUAUGAGAGCAAGUUGAGCAACAGCUUUGAGCCGACUGGUGUGCCUGAUGGUGUUGAGAUUACGAGAUGCGUUGGCGAAGAGAAGGAAUGAAAUUGAUGAAUUACGAUUUAGAGUACCAUGCCCCUGUUCCAUAUCUUCGGACACAUCCAAUAGAGCGGUCAUCAUAUACAUCUCACAGUGAAACGCCACGGUAUUGGCAUGUAGCGCAACAAAUCCAGAAAUGUAUUGGAUGUAUGGCAUGUGCAGAACAGCCGCC